AUGACUGAUAUUCCACACAAAGGACAAGUUAGUGCAAGUCCAGUGAGUGUCUGGGAACAAUGUCUAGAGGAAAUGAAGAAAAUGAGUAAAGAUUUAUUGGCCAUCCGCCACCAAGUUGAAGAGCACUUCAGGAAUGACAACAGCACCAAUGAAUGGAUCAUGUUUGGUCAGUGUCUGGUGAAUACGCUUCGAUGUGAAGACGGACAAAGUGGACCUACGUAUGAAUCUCUACAGCAAGUCAUUGACAAGAAGUCCUUCAGACCUUCAGUCAACCUCAGCACCCCCACUAUCACCAACAUCUCCUUCACUCUCUAUGCUAUCUUGGGAGUUAAUGAAAAAGCACAAAUUCUUACCACAUUCCUCUGGCUCAGGCUGUACUGGUUCCAUGAGUUCCUCAUUUGGGAUCCAGAACCCUGUGAUGGCAUUACGAAGAUCUCUCUUCCUGUCAAAGAUCUCUGGACUCCUGACAUUAUCGUGUAUGAGUUUGUGGAUGACGAUGUAUCUCAGGCCUGUCCUUAUGUGUAUGUGAACCACACGGGCCACAUCCGCUAUGACAGGAUGCUGAGGCUGGUCAGCGCCUGUAACCUUGAGAUCUUCAGCUUCCCUUUCGACAUACAGAACUGCUCUUUCACCUUCGGCUCCUACAUGCAUACCAUAAAGGAUGUGCGUGUCAGUCCUGCCCUGUCCUUUGCGGAGAUGACCCUAAACUCACAGCGAUACCUGCAGGCCAGUGGAGAAUGGGAGCUGGUGGUUAUACUGGGUGACUCUAACAUUUUGAACUUUGGAAUAGACGAAUGGGACAUCAUCACUUUCUGGGUGGUGAUAAAGCGACGGCCGAUUCUGUACGUGGUGAACCUGAUCAUCCCCAGCUCUUUCCUCAUGAUCAUUGACAUCCUGUCCUUCUACUUGCCGCCGCACAGCGUGGAUCGAUCCUCCUUCAAAAUGACCCUCAUUCUGGGCUAUACGGUGUUUCUUCUCAUUAUGAACGACCUGCUUCCCAGCACUGCAAAUGGAACACCUUUAAUAGGUAUCUAUUUCUCCGUGUGUUUGGCAUUCAUGGUCAUAAGUCUACUGGAGACGGUCCUCAUUACCUGCGUUCUCCACCAUAAUUCAAUGAGGUACAGGGAGGUGCCGCACUGGGUGCAGGUGCUGGUGAUGCACUUCAUUGCUCGGCUCAUUUGCUACAGUUUCCCUGAAGACCCUUUAGCCAAACUAGAAGAGAAGCAAACCACCAACCCAACGCCCAGUCGACAGACAGCCACUAAUGCCUCUGGAAGCAUGACACUGGAUGUGCCUGAACUCAGACAGAUCAGUAAGGAUCUUAGUGAGAUGAACUCUUAUUUGACCAUUCUCCGAAAGGAAGACCAUCUACAGAACCAGUGGUGCCACGUGGGAUACAUCCUGGACUUCCUUCUCUUCCGCAUUUACCUGCUGAUAAUCACAGGCUAUGCACUUGUAAUCAUAUGCAUGUGGUGCAUCUGGAUGAAGCAAUAGAAAAAAAUACAGACUAAAUUAUGUAUAUACAUUUUUGUUUUCCCUUAGAGCAUGUGAUCACGUAGAGACAGAAACAAAAACAGUCUAAACAUCUUUAAUUGUCAUUAACAUUUAUAACAAUAAGAAAUUAUAUAUGUACAUUUUUCAAAUAGUGCAUCAAAAGCCCCUGAAUAAAAAAAGGCAAUUCAGUCAUUUUACAAGAGUAGGCUCAAAUGAAGACAUCAUCAGCAGGAUCAAAUGAAAAAGUUAUAAACGUAAUAUUAUAGCUUAUAGCAACCAUAGAAAAGCAAGUUUGUUCAUUCUUUCAAUCUCAUAAAUGUAAGGUCAGUGCAUUCAAGUCAUAUAACACUUGGCAAAGUAGCACAUGGUUGUUAUUGCUUCAGAUAUACUCAAAUAGGGUCUUUAAGGAAUAUAUUUUCUUUUAGUUACUUCAUUAACUGCUCAAACUAAUGAUGUAGUGAAUUAUAAUAUGACUUACCAAUGCAAUAAACUCUUUUAAUCAAAUAACACUUUGGUAAAACUGUCUUUUUGCAUGAGGAGCUUCACCGGACAACCACGCUUGUGAGAUGUUGGAAUGAUGUUCCAGUUCAAACGUUAAUACAUUUCUUGUUCAAACAAACAUCAAUCAAACUAGUGCAAAUUAAAGAUCCAACAAGACAAGAGUUGUUUAACACAGGGCAGAAAAUCAAUACAAACAAAGUGCCAUUUUUGGUAGGUGCAA